AUGGAGAAAGCAGAGACAACUCGUCGAGGAGUCUGGGAUGAAGAGGUGUAUUGUGUAUUGAAGGAGAGAGCAAAAAGCACAAAAGGCUGGGGACGCGCAGAAGAGGCAAAGGCCGAGGCACGAAAGAAAGCUCCCUCUCCCAUGUCCGGCGCGCCACAACACGACACACCGCCACAUACCGCGCCACACACACGGAACCCCCCACCCCGCGUCCGGCGGACUGACGCAGCUGAUCAAUCGGGCGUCGGGCGCCGCAUCUUUCCCACGAUUUCCGGAUUCUGCCCUCCCUUCUACACCACCUUUUUUCAGUCUCUUCUCACUCCAAAGAAGUAA